UGAUUCUUGAAGGAAACGGCUUCUGGGAUAAAUGCAACUUGCAUUUCUGUAAAGAUUGCAGACAGCAGAUAGUGUUGUUGUAUUUACCAAGGAAGAGCUUAAAUCUUUGGAGGGAUGUGGAGAAGCUGAAAUAUGAGAGCUGAAUCUUCAAACAAGGGACUGUCGUUUGCAUAACACGAAUUGAAUUUCUUCCGUUCUGAGGAUUUUUUAUUUAUUUUUAGAUGGGGAAAGGAGGCGGCUGCGUCCCGAGCAAAAAGCGGGUGCCAGUAGUGGCAUCGGAUGACACUCCGCGUGCGGCGCGGGGCCCACCACCGAUCCCACUCGAGGAGACGAGCCCUAGCAGUGAUGGGGCUGUCGCCGCUGCCGAAGACUCCUCCUCGGUGCCGUUCACGAAAUUGAAGAUCUUCAUUGUGUUCUAUUCGAUGUACGGACAUGUGGAACUGUUGGCGAAGAGGAUGAAGAAGGGGGUGGACGGGAUUGAUGGUGUAGAAGGGAUUCUCUUCCGUGUCCCGGAGACGCUCCCACCAGAGGUUCUGGAGCAGAUGAAGGCCCCUCCAAAAGACGAGGAGAUUCCAGUGAUAUCUGCAGCCGAGUUGUCAUCGGCCGAUGGGGUACUGUUUGGAUUUCCGACGAGGUAUGGGUGUAUGGCCGCACAGAUGAAGGCUUUCUUUGAUUCAACGGGGCAGCUGUGGAAGGAACAGAAGCUCGCUGGAAAACCAGCAGGGUUCUUUGUCAGCACUGGUACACAGGGUGGAGGGCAAGAAACCACUGCUUGGACUGCUAUAACUCAGUUGGCCCACCAUGGAAUGCUAUUUGUUCCCAUUGGUUACACUUUUGGUGCCGGCAUGUUCAAGAUGGAUACCAUUAGAGGGGGAUCCCCAUAUGGAGCCGGAGUCUUUGCUGGGGAUGGCACAAGGGAACCGAGCGAGACUGAGCUGGCUCUUGCUGAGCAUCAGGGAAAGUACAUGGCUGCAGUUGUCAAGAGGCUUGCACAAGCUUGAUCCUACUCGGGUCAGAACCCUAUUUUAUCAACCCCACAUUCUUCCAUUUGUAUUUUCACUUUUUCUUCUCUCUUUGUUUGGUUCAAAAGCUUACUUGUUUUGCAAUUGCUGCUCCGUUUCUUAAGUUAUUAGUGUGUUUUCUAGCAUCCUCAUGUGGAGUUUAGAUAGGGAAGAUGUUUUUGUCUCCUUUUACCUUGUUAUAGCCUAACAUUGGCUGUUCUUUGUUCCCGUUUCUGCUUCAACCAUUCAAAACCUUGUAUAUGAAAUUUCGAAUAUUUCAUUGCAUUAUGAUAAUAAGAUUGUGGGGGCAUAUGUUCUCUUUUGUA